GGCCCGGCCUUUGAAUUCGCAGGCAGAAUCGCAGCCAGCGACUUCCACCUAUAAAAGUUUACGCGCCCCCGCCAAAGACCAACGGCCUAACCAGUCUUUGUCUCCGUCUCCAUUUCCAAUCUCUCUCUCUCGGAAUGGAUUUCGCCGGCGACUAUCGGAAAUCUCUGAUCCCGAGCUUCUUAUACUCCGCCGCAUCGCCGUCGGCGAAGCUCGUCGACUUGCCCGAGCCUUCCGCUCUGCGUUCUCCGAUGUCGUCGUCUGUGGCGAUUUCUCCUUCGCUGCCUAAGAAGAGCUUCGUGGUUCCGGCUCCCAGCGAGCCAUUCGGUAAGAUCCAGAUGUUCUCGCCGGCGUUCUACGCCGCCUGCACCACCGGUGGAAUGCUUUGCUGUGGCCUUACCCACACGGCCGUCACCCCUCUCGAUGUCAUCAAGUGCAACAUGCAGAUAGAUCCUGCAAAAUACAAAGCUGUCACUUCUGGAUUUGGAGUUCUAUUUAAAGAGCAGGGAGUUAGAGGUUUCUUCAAGGGUUGGGCGCCAACCUUCCUUGGCUAUAGCGCACAAGGGGCCUUCAAGUAUGGAUUCUACGAAUUCUUCAAGAAGUACUACUCUGAUAUUGUUGGCCCAGAGUAUGCAUCAAAAUACAAAACGUUGAUCUACCUUGCUGGCUCUGCAUCUGCUGAAGUAAUUGCUGAUGUUGCUCUCUGCCCCAUGGAGGCAGUGAAAGUUCGUGUCCAAACUCAGCCUGGGUUUGCCAAAGGGUUGUCAGAUGGCCUUCCAAAAAUUGUGAAAUCUGAAGGAGUUCUGGGGCUUUAUAAAGGGCUUGUCCCUCUUUGGGGUCGACAGAUUCCAUAUACAAUGAUGAAGUUUUCAUCCUUUGAGAAUAUUGUGGAGCUGUUGUACAAACACGCCAUCCCAACCCCAAAGGACCAGUGCAGCAAAAGCCUGCAGCUUGGAGUGAGCUUUACCGGUGGAUAUCUUGCCGGUAUACUCUGCGCUGUUAUAUCACAUCCUGCAGACAACCUGGUCUCUUUUAUGAACAAUGCCAAGGGCGCAACAGCCAGUGAUGCUGUGAAGCAGCUAGGCUGGUGGGGUCUGUUCACCCGUGGCCUUCCUCUCCGUAUUAUUAUGAUCGGAACCCUUACCGGAUCUCAAUGGUGUAUCUACGAUGCUUUCAAAGUUUUUGUUGGACUGCCAACCACUGGUGCUAUUACUCCUGGCACUGCACCAGCAAAGAUGUGAACAGGGAAAAUCAACUCUCUUGCAAAGAUUUGAGGAGAUUGCUCUCUCCUUUGGUGGAUACAUGACAAUGGUAUUGGUGGAUGGCUUCUAGCUGAAAAUUGAUGUCUUCAGAGUUCAGACAACACAAAUAUCAGUUUGAAUGUCAAUCUAGAACUAUCUUGCAGUUGCAUUUGAUUUUUUAGAGGAUGGUUUUGAUUUCAUCCUCUCUGCUGCGAAAAUAAAAUUUGUAUGAUGAUACCCUCCUCAUUACAAUUAUGCAAAAUUUCAUGAUAAAUUUUUGACGAUUGAUUGA